CCUUUUAAUUUAGUUUUUCUCCUUCUCCCCCCACCCCCCGGCCUUCCCCUUUAUCUCCCCCACCCCCUCUAUCACCACCCCCCUUUUAAAUAAGAGGGUGAAGGGGAACCAGAGCGCACAAGGGAACUGACUGGGAGGCAGAGAAGAUGGGCAUCCUCAGCGUAGACUUGCUGAUCACACUGCAAAUUCUGCCAGUUUUUUUCUCCAACUGCCUCUUCCUGGCACUCUAUGACUCGGUCAUUCUCCUCAAGCACGUGGUGCUGCUGCUGAGCCGCUCCAAGUCCACUCGCGGGGAGUGGAGGCGCAUGCUGACCUCAGAGGGAAUGCGCUGCAUCUGGAAGAGCUUCCUCCUCGAUGCCUACAAGCAGGUGAAACUGGGUGAAGAUGCCCCCAAUUCCAGUGUGGUGCAUGUCUCCAAUUCUGAAGGAGGUGACAACAGUAGAAAUGGUGCCCAGGUGAAGAUAGUUGAUGGAGCCGAGUGCCACCUUCUUGACUUUGCCAGCCCUGAGCGCCCACUGGUGGUCAACUUUGGCUCAGCCACUUGACCUCCUUUUACUAGCCAGCUGCCAGCCUUCAGCAAACUGGUGGAAGAGUUCUCAUCAGUGGCUGACUUCCUGUUGGUUUACAUUGAUGAGGCUCAUCCUUCAGAUGGUUGGGCAGUGCCUGGUGAUUCUUCUUUGUCUUUUGAAGUGAAGAAACACCGGAACCAGGAAGACCGAUGUGCAGCAGCCCACCAGCUUCUGGAGCGUUUCUCCUUGCCGCCCCAGUGCCGAGUUGUGGCUGACCGCAUGGACAAUAAUGCCAAUGUAGCUUAUGGGGUAGCCUUUGAACGUGUGUGUAUUGUGCAGAGACAGAAAAUUGCUUAUCUGGGAGGAAAGGGCCCCUUCUACUACAACCUUCAAGAAGUCCGGCGUUGGCUGGAGAAGAAUUUCAGCAAAAGAUGAAAUCUAGAUUAGCUGGUUAAAGGUAUGAUUGUAAAAGAGUUUUUUUGUUUUUUUUUU